CUCUAUUUGGAUUAUGCAAAAAUAAAUCAAGGAAAUUUAAAUGUCAAGGGCCUUAAUCUGGGCUGAGCAUUGUCAACUGUCUUGUAAAGGGGCAAUGUCAAGAUGUAUAACGUAUAUUCCUUGAUGAAUACGUGUAUAACUGAUGGUUUAGGGACAACUACUAUCUGGUCCAUGUGAAAUGGUCCCCUAUUUUUAUUGAUAGGUGUGUCAGUUAAAUACUGCAAUCUGAAGAUAUUUCCCAAUGAGCUACUUUUGUUUUUCAAGCUUUUCUGUUCACUAAAUGUCUUUCCUUUAUCAGCCCUGCUGUGCAUUGAACACGCCAUGUCACCAGAUAUGAGCUCGAAUGGUGGGAUACAUCAGAUAAACCCUGUGAGUUGUGGCUUCAGGUCAUAGAUCCUGUGUCAAUAAUCUUCCAGGCGUCAUGAUGACAUGAGAACGCCCGAGAGAACCACACCUGGGCAUACAGUCUGUCAUAACAGCACACACUCUUCACACACGGAGCCCAGCAUGCAGUGAGGCUGUUCACCACGGGAGAGAUCAGCAAUAAUGCCACAGCCCAGAAUGAUGCUGGUGGUGACGGGAGAUGACUUUGGCUACUGUCCCAGAAGAAACCAGGGGAUUGUGGACUGCUUCAAGUCUGGAGGCAUCUCCAAUGUGUCAAUGCUGGUUAACGGCUCUGCUGCCAAGGAGGCGGCAGAUCUGGCUCAGAGGCACAACAUCCCCAUGGGUCUCCAUGCCAACCUGUCAGAGGGCAUUCCAGUGUGCCACAGCCUCCGGCAGGCCUCCACCCUGAUCAACCAGCGCGGCUUCUUCCAUGGGAAGGUGGGCUUCCGUCAGGCCCUGGAGAGAGGUCAGCUCAGCAUGAAACAGGUGGAGCUGGAGUUAAGGGCACAAGUCCAACUGUUCAGGGAGCUGACGGGUCACCUGCCUCACCACAUGGACGGACACCAGCACGUCCAUGUACUGCCAGAGGUGCGUGAGGUGUUUGCACACGUCCUGUCAGACCUCCAGAUUCCGUUCACUCGUGUUCCAGUGGAGCCCGGUUUACACGGCUGCCCCGCGCUGCCAGCACACCUCCAAAGAUUCUACGCUCAGGUGGAGAAGGACGCCCGGGACUCCAUCCCUGUGUUCACUCGCUACGGAAUCAGAUGGCCCCAUGUGUACCUGGGACUGACCACCAUGGGCCAGAACAUGUCUGUCUCCAACCUGCAGCGGGCCCUCAGCCACGCGCUGGCUGCGGGGCCCCCAGGCUCUACCUCCAGCAGUGCAUCAGGCUCCAAUCAGCCUGUGGUCACAGCAGAGCUCAUGGUCCACCCGGGUUACCCCAGUCACCCCCAGGAAGGAGGCUGUGGAGAGGGACCCGACGACUUCUCCAAGUCCGCUGACAGACAGCACGAGUUGAGCGUGCUCAGGGACCCCGCCCUGCUGGCCCUCUACCGCCAGGAGAGAGUGCAGCUGUGUGCCUUCAAACACCUCUGAGACACAGUCGAUAUAACACCAUUCUCUCUCAAUCUGCCCUAAUGAGCAGUAUGUGAUAGGGGGGGAUUUUACUCCAGACGUAGUUUCCAUAAUAGCAUACCUUAUCUUGUUAUUAAAACAGUUCCUAAAAGCACAGAAAUAUGUGCACUGCCAUGUCUAAAUAAUGUUUCAUGUAUAUACAGAAUAGCGAAGUGUUUCACAAAUAGCCGUUUACAACGCAAGUAUAAACAACGUUACAAUAGGAUAUCUACAGUUCAGUAGGAAAAUGAUGGAUUCAAAUUCUAACUAAUCAGUCUCUAAUUUGUUAAUAAUGAAGGAACCUCCACACUGAGGUUGUACUGAGUUAUAGAUGCUCUAUAGAUCCUUACAGUCGAGAAGAAAAGAGAACAGAAGCCCUGCACAAACCAUGGUAACCUCCCAGCUCGGUUUCAUGUUCACUGUGUGGAGAAGUGAGCAGGCGUUUGCAGAAGCUGACAGAAAUAUCCCAUUAUACUCCUUUUCAACAAUCUCUGAUUGGCUGAAACACCAAACAGAUCAUUGUUCCCAUAAACCCCUCUGUUUCAGGCCUGUUCCAAAAGUGCUGAUUCUGUGUCUGUAGCUUUAAAUGCUAAUGAGCUGCUGCUGGCCACGCCCCUCUGAGAAGUGAUUGCUUAAAAAAAACACAAUGGUGCUCUAGGAGGAGAUUCAGGUGAUAAGGUGGGUGGGUGUUACCUUGGUAGGUGAUUGGCUAAUGAUUGCACAAUCCAACAAAACAUUGUGACAUCACAAAGUGGCCAAAUCUGAUCAGCUGAUUUUCAGACAGGUUUUUAUAUAUCAGGACCAAAAGAGAUGGAUGUUGUGGGAGCUAGGAUUAGACAGAUCGGACAGAAACUAGCAGGGGUGGGGGGGUCAAACAUACAGUACAUCACAGUUUACAAGGCCACCUCCUGCCUCCCCCUGCACCCACCGGGGUUGUGUUCACACAGUUAUCACGCAGUCAGGGGUUAUUAGCUCAAUGAAGCUCAGAAAUUGGGUCAAUAAUCGGGAUAACCUGUUGCGUUGUCUCCAUCCCAACCACUGUGAUGUCUCCAGAUGUCAGCUGAUGAAUGAAACCUCAGAAGGAAAUAAACGUGUCCUUUAAAGGCAAACCCACAAAAUGAUGAUUUGUACACCAAUCAAUCAACCCAUUUUAUCUUUUACUGUUAAACAGAUAUUUUCAAAGGCUGCACACGGUGAGUCAUUGAUAUGCAAUUAAUCGUUUAGUGGAUGGAGACUUAUUCCUUAGUAAAUGAAGCCAUGUUGUGGAUUAGAUAAAUGAUUCCUAAUGAACGCAGGUCUGUAGCACUGAACAUCUGAUAACCUGCCAAAUGUCGGACUCAGUGAAUGUGAUGCACCUGUAACAGUACGCUUUGUAAUAUUUAUAGCUUUUAUCUGGAUAUUUGAAAUGGUAUAUUUUGAUAAAGUUUCUGUGGAAACUUUUUUUACAUUGCUGUGUUUUAAAUGUGACAGAGAUAACAACUGAACAGCUGAGCAAAUAAAUGAUGUCAAAGUGA